AUGAAUAAAACCAAUAAAAGUAGUGCAGCUGCGAAUAGUGCUAAACGUAAGGGCGGCGCUGAAAAAUUGAGGCUGAAGAAAAAAAAACGGCUAGAGGAAGAAGCUAAAAAAUGUUAUACUUUAAACGAAAUGUUGCAAUUGAAACUAAAGGAGAAUACCGUGAAAAACAAUAAAGAAAACGACCAAUGCGGCCAAGAUGUAGCUGCCGGUCCUAGUGGAUUAAUUUCCCAAUAUCAAAACUUCCCAGAACAAGAAACUAUUUUUAUAGAGCAAGAGCAACCUAAUGAAACACCGCCAGGUUUUAGUGGAUUGGUCGCUCCCGCUCCAGCAACUGAUAUAGAGCAGGAAGCCACUGCAGAUUUUGCAGAAUAUAAUUUUUUCUCAAAACCCAAUUUUGACGAACUACAUUUAUUUUUCAACUACCACCCAAAAAAACCAAAUAAACCAAUUUGCUUGGCAUUCAGUCACAUAUCAAAGGAAAGUGCUUUUAAAAAUGGCUUUAGAGAAUGGAAACACGUUCAUCAGCGUAUAUUUGAGCAUGAGAAUUCCAGUUUGCAUAAAAAUAGUUGUGAAUCUUAUUUCAUGUACCAGAAAGAAAAAAAUAUAGACACAUUAAUUAUUAGAGGGUACCAUGAUAAAAGAACCAGCGAGGUUAUGAAAAACCGCCAAAUUUUAGGUCGCGUGAUCGAUGUCAUAAAAAUUAUCGGAAAACGGGGACUGGCCUAUAGGAGCCACCUUAAUGAGGCCGCAUAUUCUUUGUCGGAUGAGACUUAUGACAUUAUUCUAAAAGGCCAUUUGGACAAAAUUAUUGCCCAAAGUACAAAAUAUAAAGAAAUGGGUGCAAGAAAAAGGCAAGGCAAUUUUUUGACAUUUCUUUCAAAAUCAACACUGAAUUAUAUCAUAACCAUAAUAGCGUCGAGUAUUAAAGAAGAAAUCUGUAAAGAAAUAAGCAUUGCUGGAAUGUUUUCUAUUGAAGUAGAUACUACCCAAGAUAUUUCUGUUACAGAUCAAUGCUCGUUAAUAAUUCGAUAUGUUUACAAUGAAAUCGUACAUGAACGUUUUUGGCUGUGAUACCGUGUCAAGAUACCUCCGGACAGGGAUUUUUCGAGAUAAUUACGAGUGUAAUAGAAAAAAAUGGCUUAAAAAUGUCCAAUUGCAUCGCAGAUUCAACAGAUGGUGCCGCGAAUAUGCAAGGUGAAUAUAACGGAUUUUCUACAAAACUAAAGGAAAAAAAUAAAAAUCAUAUUCAUAUUUGGUGUCACAGCCAUGUUCUUAAUUUAGUGAUUG